AUGGCCAAGAAUGCCGAAGAAGCUGCGCUCGAAUACAGGCAGGCAUUGGACGAUUUGAAAGAUAACAACAAAAUGCAAAUUAAUUUGAUGACUAUUCUUGCUGAUGAUUACAAUUCCUUUUCUAAAGAAAUUGUCGCUGUUAUUGCUCAACAGAUUAUGAAAGUUGUGCCACCUCAAAAAUUAGCUGUGAUGUAUGUUAUGGAUUCGAUAUUAAAAAAUAUAACUGGAGCUGGUAACUACAAAGAGCACAUUGAAAAAAUUGUUUAUAAAGUAUUUCUGCAUGUUUUUGAAACGGGUGAUGAAAGGACACGUUUAGCACUGCAUAAACUCAGGCAAACUUGGACGGGAAUAUUUCAACGUUCAACUUUAUAUAAAAUAGAUUUGGCCGUAAACGCAAUUGAUCCAGCUUGGCCAAUCGUUACUCCUCAACCAGUUAACACUCCAGUAUCUGGACAUAAGCCACAACCUGUUGGGAUGACGUUACACCAACUUCGAGCAGCAGGGAAAGUUCAUGUCAAUCCACAUUUUUUGCAGAAAAAUUCUGUUACAGCUACGUCUGGUACUGCUACUGCUACUGCCACUGCUACUACCACUGCUACCAGUGCUACUGUUGACAACAAAUUGCAAAUGAAUUGUGAGAAGAAAAAGAUAGGUUUGGAUCCAAGAUUGAUGAAGCAUUCUGAUGGAGCAGUAGCUGGCAGACCAGCACCGUUGCUUGCGGCUCGGCCGGAAAAUAUCAUUGUCAAGCAGGAACCAAUCGACAGUAGUGAUGUUGACGAAAGAUUAAAUGUACAGCAAACUGGAAAUCUGUUGGAUAGUACAGGUCUUCGAAGUUUCGGACAUAGAAAGGAACAGGAAUUCGGCGGACGUUCACCAAACGAUAUAAAGCGUAAGUCGCCGCCAUGUGUCUCAGAUCUGGAAACUGUGGAGAAGAAACCUCGAAUACGUACACCACCUCAAGACAGAGAUCGUCGUACGAAUUCACCUUCAACAUCUUCCUCUAUAAUACGUCCAACAAAUGAUCUUGGUUCUCAUGCUUUCAUUACAACCGCACGACGUGCACAAGUAGCUUCUAGUACGAAUAUGAUAACAGCACCGCCGAAUCCAGUUAUGGUUCCAGUCUCUGGACCAAUGAUUUUGCCUGCGAUUCCAUCUACCUCAGGUCCACUGCCAUUCCUACCACCUAUGAUGCCAACGGUACCUUUAGCAAUACCUGUGCACAAUAUGGCUUCAAUUCUAACAGGUCCUUCUGUAGUACCAGGUUCUACAAAUACACAAGACCUAGCACGAACCGAUCCAAACCAUGUGCCACCAAUCAUCAAUAACGAAACCCCGAAGCUGGAAGGUAUCCCAGCAAAUAAUAGAAUAUUUGUGGAUGGUCGGGCCUACGAAGUUUCAUACAUUAAUGAUGUCCCAGUCAUCGAAAGGAAUGGUCUGCCACAUAGGAUCUAUUUUACGGGUGUACCACGCAACGUAAUCAUUGAUGGUGUCGCUUAUCAACUAGCAUUUGGUGAGGAGAGAAGGGUGAUAAUUGAUGGCGAAGAGCACGUUUUAAGAUUUGGAGCUCCAUCGCGUGAACUCUAUAUGGGAACAUAUCCAUUCAAAGGUGCAUUUGGUGGUCCACCAAUUUUUGCUACGAUUAAUGGAGUACGCCAUGAAAUACGAUUGGGUGGACCUCCACCAGAAGUUAAAAUUGAACCUGACCCAUGUUAUGAGCUACUGCGAUAUAUGCCUCGUACAGGAGCUGAUACGUCGAGCAAAACUACAGCACCGAGUGGAACUGAACCGCAAGCAACGGUUGAUGUUAAGGGUUUACUUGCCAAACUGCAGCGCACGGGAAUACUAUCUGCUUUAAAUGCAAAUAACAGAAAAGAUGAAACAGGGGGAGAUUCACCCAAUCGACCUGUUACACCACCUAUUCCUUCUGAACAUCGUGGUGAAGUAACCGAAAGGCUGCCAAAGCCGCCAACCGACCUUAAAUCCUUCUCAAUGCGUGCUCUCAGAAUACGGUAUACAUCUGUUGUGGAAAGCCUUCAUCAAAAAAGACGUCUUUGUCCUAACUGCGGUUUACGCUUUAGUGAACUGAAAGGUGAAAGAUACCAACAGCACCUUGACUGGCAUUUUCGUGAAAAUCUAAAAUCAAAUGAAAGUUCACGUUGCCGUGAUUGGUACUUGCCAGCUGAUGAAUGGUAUGAGUUUAGCGAACAAGAAGAAUUAACAGCGUCGACAUCAGCAACUCGUCUUUCUGGUGGUGGAUCUAAUGAUGUAGCGAAGGAUACAAAUAGGGGGACGUAUAGCAUACCAUCCGACUCAGUUUCAUCGAAGGAAUGUGGUGUAUGUAAAGAGAAAUUCGAAGAAUAUUGGGACGAAGAUGAUGAUGUGUGGAAACUUCGAGAUUGCAUGCUUGGCCAGGAUGGCAGAACAUUCCACCCAGGUUGUAUUCUGGAUGCAUCAGCUAUUAGAAUACCAGAAGAGGACAGCCCGAGUGAAGAAGAACAAAGUGAUAAGUUGUCAUUCCUGAAGUCUUUGAAAUUAAAGAAAGAUUUUUCUUCUGUGGAUAGUUGA